AUGUUUGAUGAGUUGAAAACCACCCUCGGUAAAGUCACGAAUGUUUGGAAUUCUUUAACUCUAAAGUGGCUGAUGAGUGAGAAGCCAAGAAAGGGAGUUACCGAUAUAGAAGCGGGAAUGGAUUUUAAGAGGGUACGGCAAGUGCCUUUCUUGGCUGGGUCUUGGUAUAAGCCUAGAGAAGACCCUGCAGAUCGUGGGUUGUUAGUGAGGCGGGAUAUCGUGACAGUGAAUGAUGAGCUUGAAUGGGUAGGUCGGCCAGACAGCCAUAGCUCCGGCAUGACCUCGUCUAACCUGGCAGAUACGAGCUCAUUUGACCACGGGCAAAUUGAUGUCAUUAAUAGACAAUUAAAGAUGUGA